UUUCCAACUCUGGCCCUUAUGAUGUCAACAUUAGUCAGUCAUUAAUCUUCAAAAGGAAGUAGUAGAGUGUUUGCAAGUGUUUACAUUGUGUUUAUAUAUUUCUCUACCGUUUCUUGUUAUUUCUUCAAUUUUUUAUUUAACAAUUUUUUUAAUUUCUUAAACAUAUCAAUCAAAACAAAAAGCUUUCAAUGAAAUCCUAAAAGAUACAAAUAAAAAACGCAAUGAAAUCCGAGAACAUUUAAUGGAAAGUUCAAAGUUAUGGCGACGCCUCCUCAUUAAUGAUUAAUUUUGCAAAAGUGAAAAAUAAACGAAAAAAUAGAAUUAUAAUUUGGGUGAUACGUCAUAGUAAAACACAAAAAGAUAAAAUGAUUGCUAAUAGACAAACAAGUAUCUAGUAUAGAAUGGAGGAGAAUAAAAAAAAAUAGACCAACAAUAAAAUAAAAAAAAAGAUGUGAAAACAAUUUAUUAAAAUCAUCAUCAUCAUACAUAUAAUGAAUAUAAUAAAAAUGUAUACCAUAUUUAAAGAGAGAACUAAAAAAAUUUAACCAAAUUUCUUUCUAUGCAGGCCAAAAAACUAAAAAAAAUAAAAACUUGUUUUCAUUUUUUUCCCAUACGGAAUGUACGAAUGUAUGUGUGCGUAAUGUAUAGACGUUACAGUUAAAUUGAAGUGGUUGGUUUUUAGUUUCUUAUUGUAAUUUAGAGUUUAAGUGAAAGAAGUGAAUGUGAGUGAAGUGGAUGGAUGGAUUAAGUUCAAAAUUUGUGAAAAAUUAUUAUACCAAUUAUACAAGAAAAACAUAACAACAAAAGAAGAGAAACACAGCCAACUACAGAAGACAAAGAAAACCAAAUUAUAAAUAAGACCAACUAGGAAGUAACUAACUAAUUUUUGUUGUUUUAUUUUUGUUGUUGUUGGUCUUUUAAUGAAGACUUCUUCGUUUUCAAUUGUUUAUGUUGGUUGGUUUUUGAACUUUGCAUGUGUGUAUUUAUGUUUUGUUGUAUUAAAAACACAACAUAUACACAGUCACAAUAAUCAUCUUCGUCAUCAUUAUCAAACUUAACGUAAUCAACAAAAGAAAACAACAACAACUUUAACAAAAGCAACAACAAAAAACACUGGCAAGAUGUCAUCAUCGAUUAAAGUUGCUGUCAGGGUUCGUCCCUUUAACACAAGGGAAAUCGAUAUGGAUGCUCAGUGUAUAGUGGAGAUGGAAAGUAAAAAAACUCGAUUGCUCAAGCCAAAAGUACAAUCAAUGCGUGAUAUGUUGUUUCAUGAUUUUACAUUCGAUUACUCCUAUUGGUCAUAUGACAAAAAUGACAAACACUUUGCCACACAACAACAAGUCUACAGUGACUUGGGUACAGAUGUAAUCGAUUGCGCCUUUGAAGGUUACAAUGCCUGUGUGUUUGCUUAUGGCCAAACCGGCUCCGGUAAAACGUUUACUAUGAUGGGCACCAGUGACAAUCCUGGCCUUAUACCACGCAUUUGUUCGGAACUUUUUGCUCGCAUGCGUGUUGGCCAGGAAUCGGGUACCAGCUACAAAACUCAUGCCAGUUAUUUGGAAAUUUAUAAUGAACGUGUUAAAGAUUUGCUGGGGCCGCAGACAAAUGGCCAUGGCCUACGAGUAAGGGAACAUCGCACUUUGGGUCCUUAUGUGGAGAAUUUAUCGCAACAUUCGGUAGCUGAUUUUGAGGAAAUACAAGAGUGUAUAACGCGUGGCAAUGUACAACGCACAACGGCCAGUACAAAUAUGAAUGAUACGAGCAGCAGAAGUCAUGCCAUAUUCACCAUAACAUUCGUACAAGCGGGAUUUAUGAAUGAUAUGCCAAGUGAAACAGUGUCCAAAAUACAUUUGGUGGAUUUAGCGGGAAGUGAACGAGCCAAUGCUACUGGCGCCACGGGACAACGUUUAAAAGAGGGCGCCCAUAUUAACAAGUCUUUGGUCACUUUGGGCAGCGUUAUUUCGGCUUUAGCGGAGCAAAGCAAUGCCACUGCCGCAAAUACCACGGGUGGUAACUCAAAACGAGUUCUAUAUAUACCCUAUCGUGAUUCCAUACUAACCUGGUUGUUAAAAGAUAGCUUGGGUGGCAAUAGUAAAACUAUUAUGAUUGCUGCUCUCUCGCCGGCCGAUUGUAAUUACAGUGAGACCUUGAGCACUUUGCGUUAUGCCAAUCGUGCUAAAAAUAUCAUUAACAAACCCACAAUCAACGAAGAUCCUAAUGUUAAACUCAUACGUGAAUUGCGUGAUGAAAUCAAUAAACUUAAGGCCAUGUUAAAUGGAGAUAUUCAUGCCCUGCAGCCUUCGCUCAAAAUGUUGGAAGAUUUGCAAAAGAAGGAGGCCCAAGAAAAACACCUUACCGAGGAGUGGACCGAAAAAUGGAAAGAAGCUCAGUCUAUAUUGCAGGAACAAAAAAGUUUAGGUCUACGUAAAUCGGGCGUGGGAGUAGUAUUAGACUCUGAGAUGCCUCAUCUUAUAGGCAUACACAAUGACAUUACAACCGGUGUCACUCUGUACAGUUUAAAAGAGGGCGAAACCUUUAUAGGUACCGAUGAGUCCGAAAUACCACCCGACAUAGAGUUGAUGGGUGAUGGCAUACGACCUCAACAUUGUAGUAUUGUGCUUAAAGAUGGCAUUUGCACUUUACAUCCCAAACCAUUGGCACAAUGUUGGCUUAAUGCCAAUCUAAUCGAUGAACCCACAAAUAUUUCUCAGGGCGACAUUAUUCUAUUGGGACGUACCAAUAUCUUUCGUUUCAAUAAUCCCACUGAAGCAGCUAGACUACGCAAAGAAUAUAGUCGUUCCCAACUGGAUAUGUCUAGAUUAUCAUUGAUUACUUCGUCUCGUGAAAAUCUACUAACAUCCAGUUUUUGUUUAGAAGAUGAUAAUAAUUCUUCUAUGAGCAGUAGUUUGAUUUCAUCGCCUUUUAAACGCAGCGAUAAACAAUAUUAUCCCACAAAGCCCAUGUCACGCGAUGAUCCCGAAUUACAGGAUGAAAAUCGUAAAAUUUUAGAGACCAUAGAAAAUGCUCUCAAGCAAUUGAAUAUAGAACGUGUUCAAAUGCAUGACCAGUAUAAGAUUAAGGUACAAAAUUUAACCGAAGAACUUAAACGUUUGGAAAAAGAAGAGAAAAACAGUUUGGAGUUAUUGCGUUGUCGCGAAGAGGAGCUUAUGGCCAGAAAAGAUAUGUUGCUAUGGGAGAAAAAUAAUGAAAAAGUACAGACUGAUAUUGUGUGUAGACAGAUCUCAGCUUUGCAAACCCAGCUCGACUCAAAAAAACGUGAUUUUUCUGAGUAUGUUGCCAAAGAGCUGCAAGAAUUGCAAGAUUGUGGCAAAUUAGAUGAGAUUGACAUCAAAGUGGAUCCUUCCGUACCCUUGACAGAUGAUUUAUUAUUACUGGCAGCCGAAUCAUUGGACUUAUUUGCCUCACAGUUUAUUAAGGACACAGUUAAAAGAAAUAACGAAGACAUACAUCGCUUAGAUGAACAGGUGGCUGAAAAGGAACGUAUCUUAAAGGCUAGCACCACAAAAAUCGCACAAGUUGAUGAAACUCUAUUACAAAUUGAAGAACAAUUGGAAAAGUUGCGUUUGCAACGUCUACAGAAGGAAGCUGACAAUGACGAUUUACAAAUGAAAAAAGAAAGCUUAAAACUUAGUCUAAAUAGAAAAUCCACAACCGACAUGAAUGUCCAGACCGAAAAUGACAUUUCUUCGAGAACUGAUACAUAUGAAACCACCUGUGAUACUUUUCAUACAGCUCAAACGAAUUGCUCUAAUCUGAGUUCGCCGACUAUAGCUGAAGACGAAAUUACUCCUUUGAGUAGUUGUACACUGUCGUCGGGCGAAAUCGAAGACGACGUUGAUGACCUUAACGACAAUGAAGAUGAUGACGACACAAUUUCAGACGGCAUACGCAAAUCAAAAUCAUCGCCUUCCUCCUCAAUGGCCACAAAUACAGAUACGCAUUCGAGCUCAAAGGGUGGCAGCAUCAGGAAAAAUUUAAAUGUUCCCAAUGCUGUGAUGAGUGAUAGUGGUGUCUGUUUGGAUACUGUUAAAUCUUCCAAUCCCAAUCAUUUGAACGACUUGACAACCUCUACUAACAUGCCCCUAGAUAAUGAUAAUGUCUUACAUGCUGCAUGCAAUUCGGAUGACGAGACAGCUUCAUGUUCGUCUUGUGAAAUUAGUGCUAAUUCCGAUAGCAUGCAACCCCAUUGUCCCAUGCACAGUUUACGACGUAAAAUUGCUGCACAGAAAGCCUUAAUUAUGAAAAAUCUCGAAAUGAAUGUCAACAAGGCCAUGUUGGAUGAACAAAUUGCGGAAUUGCAAGAGUUGCAAAAACGUUGUGUUAAAAUUGAAAAGCACAUGUUAGAAACGGGCCAACAUACGGCUGAUGAACAUCAACUGUGUUGUCAGACGAAUAACGAAGAACUGGAGUAUGAUAAUGAAGAGGGUGUGGAGUCAGCGGCCCGCUAUAGAGAUAUAACAUCUUCAAUGGAUGGUUCUAGUUAUAUGCCGAAUAUGACACGUUCUUGGCCUUCGGUUAGAGAUUUUUCUGAAACGGAACAUGUUAUUACCAUACCUACCUUUGUGAUACGUGGAGCUGGCAAACAGACACAUUAUGAAUAUGAGAUUCGCAUAAUUUUGCCCGAUGGUAAAUUGAAUAUAUUGCGUCGUUAUAGCCGCUUCAGAGAGUUGCAUAUGAGUAUGAAGAAUAUUUAUGGAGCUAAGAUUGCAGCCCUACCAUUUCCACGUCGUGAACUGUUCUCCUCGAAUAGCGAGACAGUAGCUAAGCAUCGCAGGCGUUUGCUUGAAUUGUAUUUGCGACGAUUAUUUGUAGUCUGCUCACGCAUACCACAAAGUCCCAUCUAUGAAGGAGCCGGUGGGCCCGGCCUCACAAGAGCCUCCUUGGCUCAAUUCUCCCCUUUCUUCAAGAAGGGCCUUUUCGAGAAUGGCCGGCACGGGACGGGAUAAUAGUUACCCUACUGCUAAAUUAUCUCCUACCUACAGUGUGUCUUUUAAUAUAUUUUUAUUAUUUAUUAAGUUAUAUGUCACAAUCAUGAUGAUAAUAAUGAUGAUGAUUAAUUGUUACUCUUUACCUUAAAGGCGACCAACAGCAGAGUUUAUCAAAAUCAAAAUGUGAGU